ACAGUAGUACACACUAUUAUACUACACAAUAUGAAUUAAAUUCUAAAUUUUAUUAUUUCUUAAUUCAUAUUUGGAUUUUGACGUUUUCGUACCAAUAGUGCCAAAUACACUACACUAUUCAUAAUAAUACCUUUUGUUAUUUAUUUACGUUUAAACAUUAAAUUUACUGUUAACCAUCAUUUUUAUUUGCUUAUUUAUGAUUUUUUUUUUUUUGGUUUAGCUUCUAGUUCCUAGUAUUAAUAGUUAAUAAUAUAAAUAAACCAAAUUUACAAUGAAACAAUUGACAGAUGACCGAAUGAAAGUAUUUUUCGAAAAAUUGUCUAAAUACAUUGGUUCAAAUAUAAAAUUAUUAAUUGAUCGUUCAGAUGGAAAAUACUGUUUUCGAGAGAAGAAAGAUCGAGUUUAUUAUGUGUCUGAAAAAGUAUUAAAUAUGGGAUCUAUGAUGAAUCCUGACAACAUAAUAAGUAUAGGCACAUGUUUUGGAAAAUUUACUAAGUCAGGAAAAUUUAGAAUUCAUAUAACAUCUUUAGAUUAUUUAGCUCCAUAUGCUCAGCAUAAAAUGUGGAUAAAACCUGCAGCUGAACAACAGUUUCUUUAUGGUCAUAAUGUAUUAAAGUCUGGUCUUGGGCGAAUUACAGAAAGUACUACUCAAUACCAAGGAGUUAUAGUAUUCUCAAUGAGUGAUGUUCCUUUGGGUUUUGGUGUUGCAGCAAAAAAUACUACUGAAUGUAAGCACACAGAUCCACUAUCUGUAGUUUGUUUUAAUCAAGCUGAUAUCGGUGAAUUUAUUCGAUGUGAAGAUGAUUUAAUAUAAUACAUUUACUUGUAUUAUUGUUAGAUAUUUUAUAUAUUUUUAAUAAACAACUUAUUGACGUUCCACAUUUAAA